CAGCUGACGGAGGAGCUGCUGCCCCGGUCAGGUGGUGCCGGUGAUGGUGCCACUGCUGUUGUUGAUGCGGCGGGUCCCAUGCAAAAGGUCCACGGCAGCGGCAGCAGCAGCGGUGCGAGUGGAGGUAGCGGGGUGGGUCGUGUGUUUGCAUCGCUGGGUCUGGGGUGGUCGCUGCUGUCGGCGCUGGAGGCGGCGGGAGAUGCGGAGCUGUCGGCGGCACUAGCGGGAGGGGCGGAGGGGCCGGUUCGGGCGCUGCUGUACCAGGUGCUCGAGCUAGUCGCUGAAGUGCUGCGUGGGUGCCGGUUGGCAGCAGGCAGCAGCGACACCAUGUACGACGACUCCGACGAGACCAGCACUGCCGCCCCGCGGGAUCACAGUCGCCAUGCAGCAGCGGUCGCCACAGCGCUGUGCAGCCACUACGGUGUGGCCCGUGUCGAAUGCCUGGGCCACGGACCCGUGGGUCACUUGCUCCGACUGGCGGCUGAGACCCAAGCCACGCCGCCGCUCGGCUGGCACACAGCAGUCGCACUCGCACCGCCGCAACCCAGCUGCGCUUCUGCGGACCCAGCAGCUGUCAAUGCGUCCUGUUUAGGCACCAGUGCAGCCCUCGGAGACGGCGCGCGUGUCGCGCCGGCGGCGGUGACGGCGGCGAUGGUGGGCGCAUUGGGUGGCGUCGACAGGACGGCGGCGCUGGCGGCGCUGCGCGCUGCUCCCGAGCUGUCGGAUCUGCGGUUGGCGACGCAGUGGGAUGCGGUGUUUCGGAGCGAGCUG